AUGUCAUUUAAUAAAUAUAAAGUGUUUUGCGAAUUUCAUGCUAAAAAAACUAUAGUUUUAGAUUUAGAUGAAACUUUAGUUCAUAGUUCAUUUCAAAAAAAUGCAGAUUAUGAUUUAAUAAUAACAAUCGAAGUCUAAUAGUAAUAAUCUUAAGUAUAUGUUAAAAAAAGACCUGGAUGUGAUUUUUUUAUUGAAGUUUUAAGUUAAUAUUAUGAAAUAAUAAUUUUUACAGCUAGUCUUUAAGAAUACGCAAAUCCAGUUAUAGAUUAUAUAGAUUAAAAUAAGAGAUCUUCUAUGAGACUUUUUAGAGAAAAUUGUACUUUUCUAUAUAACUCUAGCUAUAGUUCAACUUCUAGUCUUUCGAGUAGGUUUAGAAUAUCAAACUAUAAUCUUUCUGGUGCUGAAAUUCCUUUAAAUCCAGAUAGUAAUGAUGAUUCCAAUAGUAAUAGUGAUAGUGAUGAUGAAGAUAUACUAAAAAUGUUCGAUAAUGUAAGAUUCUAGCAUACUAAAGUUAACUUUAAUUCACCUAUAUCUAUAAAAGGUGUUAUGCUAAAUAGAAAAAAGAAAGGAAGUGUUGAUAUUUAAAGAAAAACUUAUUUUGAAUAUGAUGUUAAAUAGAAGAAAAAAUCGGAUUUAAAUUAUGUUUUGGCAUCUCAUAAAUAUUAGCUUGAAAGUGAUGAGAUUGUAAAAAGAAAAGAAAAAUGA